AUGAAUUUAAUGGACAGUUAAUAAAAUUUGUUAAGAAUCAAAUCUCAAAAGUCUAUUCGACCAUUGACAUCAUAGAAUAAAAAUUCUAAUGACAAUCUACUAUCAAAUUAUCCACCUAAACCAGCAGUGUUGAAAUUAGGGAAAUCUACAUCAGAGAGAACAUUUGAAAAUCCCUUGAAUAGAAAUGCCAAAACAUCAUAGCCAGGAGAGAGAUUAAAAAUUCUAAAUAAACACUCAAGAACGAGCUCAUCAGCUAGAAACCUUAAUAAAAAUGGACCAGAACCAUUGAUUCCUCAUAAAUUGCCCUGCUUAAUGCCAGAGGAUGAUGAAGUUUUUGCUGAUCCUUAAAAAUUUAUGGAACUACCCUACUCUAGGCCUAAAACUGGCUUUAGAUUGGAAUAAGAAUAGUAAUUUAAGAGAUAAACAAUAGGACUAAGAGAUAAUAUUUUGGAUGUAAAGGAUCUUGUAAAGAAUUUAAUGAGAAGUAAACCGAAAGGAUUUAAAGAUAUUAAGGAUUUGGAUAAAUACCUUAGAAGCAAUAGAAUUGAGAUUCAAGAUCCUUUUCAGUAUAUGGUAUCACAUUAUUUGAAAUUUUAAGCAUAAUUAUAGAAUCCUAACAGGAAAUAUAUCGAGAAUAUGAAAUAGAAAUAUUCAACAAUGAAUACUAAUCACAUGAGGAGAAAAGAAACCAUUUAGAGGCAAUUGACUCGUAGAGGAACGGUAUUCAGACCAUCAGGCACAAUAAAUAUACUCUCUGAUUUAAAUCAGAAUCAUCAAGAGAAUUAUAGUUUAAAUGCCACUGGCAAUCAUGCCAGAAUGCCUUCUAACAUCUGUGGAGCCUUAUCUAAUUCAAAUAUGUAAAGCUUAAAAUAGCCAAUGGUCAGUAAUUUCUUAAGUGAUACAGACUUCAUAGAUAUUAAGAAAAAAUUCUAUAAAAUACUUGUUCGUUGA